CGCGGCAGUUGUACAGCGCGGAAAAUAAUGCACGUGGACUUGGCCCUGGUCAAGCAGGAAAUGGACAUCAAGGACGCCAGGGUCAAGUUGGAGCCGCAGGACGAUUCGCCGGACGGGGACGUCGAACUUUUGAGCGCAUGCGACACUUUGAAAAUCUUGGAAAAGAGCUCCCAAAUGAUAAAGUUGCCGAUUAGGAACCGUUUGGUAUCGGAGGACGAGGGAACACUUAUCUCCAGCCUUGGACUCGAUCAGCAGCAGUUACUCGCAGUUUCAUCGGAGGACAAGCCAACCCCAAAAGAAUGCAACAUCUGCCAUUACGUGUUUGAAAGUCACCUGGAUUUCUCAGGGCACCGAGUCAACCAUGAAAUGAACCGCCAUUUCUGUCGGCUGGGAUGUGGCAUUUGGAUGGAUACUCUGGAACAGAUCCUUGAGCACGAAUAUCGCCAGCACUCACCGCCAGGACAUGUUUAUUGUUGCAGGGUGUGCGAUUUCUUGGCCAGAGACGCGGACUGCCUGGCCAGCCAUAUGCAGAGGCACAUAUAUGUGUAUCGUUAUGUCUGUGCCACUUGUCGUCGGCAUUUCGAGUCCAACCAGAGCCUUAGUCUGCAUAGGAACCAUGGCCAGUUCCACUGCGGGCGGGUGCAGUACAUGCAGGGUCUAUCCUCCAAGCCAGAACUUGUGGCAGUAAAUACACCAGUCUCUGCCGAAACACUGUGCGAUGUACAGAUAAAAGAGGAGCCGCUCAACGCGGAGGAAGGAGAACAAAUGCAUUUUGAAGACAAUCCCCCGAUCAGCGUUAAAUUGGAACCACAGGACGAGGAAAUGCCGGAUGCUAUCAUCAAGGAGGAGCGCUCUAACAACAUUGAAACCAUCUGGUCAAAUAUACCAACUCCACUAAGAAACAAACUGCGCUUGCCUGCUUUGAGCUCCGGCAAAGUGCAGGUGGAUUUAAAAACUGUUAAAUGGAAUGGACUACCCAACUCAAAUGUGGCGUCCCUAAACAAGACAAACAACCAGGCAGUGAAUGCUAAUAACUUAAAGAUACCCACAAGUCCUAGCCAAACUGCAGUGCCCCAGAAAAAGCCUCCGAUUGCAGCCAAUGUACUGAAAGUAUUGCCCAGCAACUGCAUGGUCAUUAAAUUGCCGCCCAACACUAAAAUCUUUAAGAUGCCAGUUCAAGCGCCGACUGCCUCAAAGGAAUCGCAUACAGUUAGCCUGAGUGACAAGGAAAUGUUGAACAGUGUCCUCAAAAUUCCGCAGGCGAUAAGUAUAAGCAAAGUCAAAUCGGUGGAUAAUACUGCAACUAUUUCCAACCCUACGACUAUCAAAACUGUGUUGCCGGCUCAAACCCACAGCCGAUCAUCCUGCUUCCUCGUCGACGCUUUUAACAAAUCGGAAAGUCGCCCCGAAUCCAUGAAGAUAAUUACGGAAUUUCGUAAUCAAAUACGCUCCAUAGAGAAGACAUUGCCACUGCCGGGAACAGUGCUGCAAUCUUCAAAGAUAAAUAAUGAUCUUCCACCUUUACCUCCGUUGGUUGGUCCAGAUGCACCCAAGCCCGUUGAACUGACUCUCAACCCACUAUGUUUUAUAGUGGCCAAGGAACUACAGAUCCAGUAUCCACUCUACCGUUUUAUGUGGACCUGUCCGCAUUGCCAGCGAUUCUUCGAGAAGCACUGUGCAUUUCGAAUGCACCUGACUAGCAAGCAUGAUUUGACCCAAGAAAAAUUGAACAGCCUCAAAGUGAUAUUAAUGCCUUACAAAAUUCUCUCAUUGGAUUCAUCAGACUCUGAGCCUAAGCUUGCGCAUGUGCCAUUGCCAACGAAUUUGGAAACGAAGCCACAAGUGCCAGAAUCUACUCCAAAUCAAGACAAGACUGUUAAUUUGCCAUUUCUGCAAAACGAUGCAGCACCUUUGAAGGAUCAAACACCGGCAUUAUCAUAUCUUACUUCUAACAAAGAUUCAACAUCCCCAAUGAAAAAUCCAGAUAAAUCAAAUGGCUCAAAGAAGUCAAAGAAGAAUCAAGGAAAAAUUGCUCAGUUUCAGUGCACGGACUGCUCCAAAGUAUUUACUACUUUCGGGGCCCUACGCAUCCACAAGACAAUCCACACAGGCGAGCUGCCGCACAAAUGCAGCUAUUGUGACAAACGUUUCCGUACUCCUGGUCAGGUGCGUGUGCACCACCGUCGUCACACCGGAGAAAAGCCGUUUAAAUGCAAGGUUUGCUCAUUGGAUUUCACUCAUCGGGAAACUUUGAUUUCCCAUCUUUCGCGCCAUAUUGGAAUGAAACGUUAUAAAUGCUAUGGAUGCGAUAAAUACUUUGUAGUCGUCAGCGGUUUGCGAGCCCAUCGCCGCCUACGUCCUGACACUUGCGGCAAGGUGAAGUUCACAGCUCGAGCUCACGGCCCCCGGGUGCGGGUCAUCCGGGGAGAAGUGAUCUUUGAACAUCACCCAGAACACAAUGGAUACCUACGCAGUGAGGAUCCGCUUAACAUUUUGUCCCAACGUGAUCAGACCGACUCAAACCCACCCGAAACAAUGUAGGGUAUAAGCUAAUUGUUAUGUUUUCCUUAUUUUACCACUUUAGCUUUGCCAUUAUGAUAUAUUUUUUAGUAUUUUUUAAAAAUGCGAUAAGGGAUAUAGAAGUAAGACCUUGAUCCAUAGGAAAGAAUUACAAAAGAUAUUGCCAUGAAUUAUAAUUUUUUAAUAUUCGAUUUUUGACCCAAAUAUAUUUGUUUAUGAAAUUACA